GCUCUCAGCUGAGAGGCAGAGAGCACGUCUGGAAAACACUUUCAGAGAGACCAAAGGGGCUCUUCAUCUGCAGCUAGCAGCUCUCCAUUACAGCAACACUCCUCCGCCGCUACGCAACGACAGCAGCCAUGAACGAGAGACGUAUUCCGUUCACCCUGCUCAGCACCCCGAGCUGGGACCCAUUCCGUGACUGGCAGCAGAGCCGCAUCUUCGAUCAGACCUUCGGCAUGCCGGCCCUGCACGAGGACUUCACCACAUUCCCCAGCACCCACUGGCCGGGAUACCUGCGGCCCUCCGCCAUGACCCCGGACAUGGGCGCUAUGAGCACCAUGGGCCCCAUGGGCACCAUGGGCCCCAUGAUGCCCCACGCCCCCGUGAUGUACCCAGCCCCCAUGAUGGCCCAGCAGGCCCGUGCCCUGACCCGCCAGAUGAGCACCGGCAUGUCGGAGAUCAAGCAGACCCAAGACAGCUGGAAGGUGUCCCUGGAUGUCAACCACUUCUCACCUGAGGAGCUGGUGGUGAAGACCAAGGACGGCGUGGUGGAAAUCACUGGCAAGCAUGAAGAGAGGAAGGACGAGCACGGCUUUGUGUCCAGAAGCUUCACCAGGAAAUACACCCUCCCCUCUUCAGCUAACGUUGAGAAGGUGGCCUCCUCCCUGUCCCCCGAGGGGGUGCUGACCGUGGAAGCUCCUUUGAUCCGACCGGCCAUCGAGUCCUCAGAGACCACGAUACCUGUCAACGUGGAAAGCAAAGAUUGCGUGGUGAAGAAGUAGGAAGAGAAGCGGCCCGGUGUCUCCCCCUACACACACACAGAUAUUCAAAUACUCGCUUUUACGACUACAAACUGCUUGUAGAAAGGUGAAGAAGCGGCUUAGCUCUCCCCCCAAAGCAGCUGCUUGUUCACAUGCCAGAGAGGAAAGCAAGGGAUUGCCCUUGCUUUCCUCUCCUCCCUACCCUCUCUGGUAAUGAGCCAACCCCAGCUGAGUGCUCCGUGUAAACACAUCUGCAGUAGCGCCAUUUGCCUGCUCUUUCUGCCGUAAUUACACUCUUCAUCUGACUGUAGGAAAUCUCAGCUUAGCCCCCGCUCAAAGCUUUGUCUCUCCCUCAUUUACGCACCUCUCUCUCAUUUCUAUGGAGUUAACCCGCUUCAUGCUGCCCCCACAGACACACGUAAAGACAGUCAAGAGGAUUGUAAAAGCAGUGAUCAUGUGAAUUAAAGAACCGAGGUCCCAGGAGAGAAUGCACACAACCACUUUGAGUGUGGAAAUAAUAACUGUCAGCGUACACACUGUGGGACUUGACUGGAAAUGCACUGGUUUUAUCUGCAAACUGUUCAGUCAUGCAAACACAGAAUAAAGAAGAAAAAAAUGGCA